ACAAUUCAAGUUUCCGCCGUAUUCAAACAGUCACUAGUCGGUGUUCGUUUGUAUACCAAAACAUUUCCCCUCAGUUUACAUGUUUAAAAUGGAGGAAACAGACCAGACACAAGACGCGGUUCCAGAGACGAGAAAUAAUGAGAGACCAAAGAGAAAAGCGAGCUGUAAGAGAAAGUCGAGUGUCCUCGCGCAGGAUUCUUCCCCCGGGAGCAACAACAACAGCAGCCAACGGCCUCCCUUGAGAAGAGGAAGUUCUUUCACCUUUCGUACACCCGGCCCUCAGUGGGACUUCACUUUGAAACGGAAACGCAGAGAGAAAGAUGAAGAUGCAGUCAGCCUGUGCAGCUUUGAUUUUAAGGAACCCAGUACUAAGCGUGUGCGGCCACUGGGCCGAGUCACCUCGCUGGCGAACCUCAUUUCCCCCGCGAAGAAUGGGGCCGUCCGGCGCUUCGGUCAGACCCUGCAGGCUUCACUGCGGGGCGACGGGCGCUCCCCGGGCGUGCCCCAGCACAAGGCAGGCAGCAAGGCUGCAGCACCCACACCACCCAAACGCCGUAAUAGCACCCUCUGGUCCGAAACCCUAGAUGUACACCAAAAAGGAACUUUCUCCACAAAGGAGAUAAAGAGACAAGAGGCCAUAUUUGAGCUGUCUCGAGGAGAGCAUGACCUGAUUGAGGACCUCCAGCUUGCCCGCAAGGCAUACCAUGACCCAAUGUUGAAACUGUCAAUCAUGUCUGAAGAGGAGCUGACUGCCAUCUUUGGAGAUUUGGAUGCUUACAUCCCUCUUCAUGAAGAUCUGUUGGCACAGCUGGCUAUAGCAACAGGCCCUGAUGGGACAGUUGGAGAGAUCGGCCAGAUCGUAGUCAACUGGCUGCCCAGAUUAAAUGCAUACCGGGCAUACUGCAGCAACCAGCUGGCAGCCAAAGCCCUGCUGGACCAGAAAAAGCAGGACCCAAAAGUGCAGGACUUCCUGCAGCGCUGUCUUGAGUCACCCUUCAGCAGGAAGCUGGACCUGUGGAGCUUCCUUGACAUUCCCCGAUCACGGCUGGUCAAAUACCCUCUCCUGCUGAGAGAGAUCCUCCGACACACACCGCCCGAACACCCAGACACUGCCAGCCUUGAAGAAGCUCUUAGCAUUAUUCAGGAUGUGCUGACUGACAUUAACAUGAAGAAAGGCGAGUCAGAAUGCCAGUACUACAUUGAUAAACUGGAGUACCUGGAUGACAAGCAGAAAGAUCCACGCAUAGAGCAGUGCAAGAGCCUGCUGUGCCAUGGCGAGCUGCGUAACAAGAGUGGCACGAAACUGCACGUGUUCCUGUUCAAUGAAGUGCUGGUCCUGACACGGCCCGUUGUGCGGAACGAACGUCAGUGUUUCCAGGUCUACCGUCAGCCCAUUCCGGUACAGGACCUGGUGCUGGAGGACCUGCAGGACGGAGACGUGCGCAUGGGUGGGUCCUUCAGAGGGGCUUUCAGCAACUCGGACAAAGCCAAGAACAUCUUCCGUGUGCGUUUCCAGGACCCAGCACAGGGUCAGUCACAUACACUUCAAGUCAACGACAUCUUCCACAAGCAGCAGUGGCUCAACUGCUUACGCAGUGCCAUGUCUGUCAUCCAGAGCGAUGCUUCCAUUGUCUGCUCCAAUCGCCGCUCCUCCACAGCGUCCUCAAUCGUCCAAAUGGAGGAGACGGACGAGAACCUGCCUCAAAGCAAUGAGCCUCCCAGCCCCACACCUUCCACCACCUCUACAUCAUCUUCCUCGUCCUCAUCCUCCACAUCAUCUAGCUCGCCAAGGAAAUCUAAAAAGGACAAACACAUGCUCUACUCUCUGGGCAAAAGGAAGGAAACCAUGGUGUAGAGAGCUCCUGGGCUCUACAUGGACUUUAAGCUCCUACCAGAGCAGACUUGUAUUUAUGUGUGCUGGAACUCUGUGGAUCUUCAGCAGUGUUUUUUGUUACUGUCCUCAAUGGCAGCUAUAUCCCUUGUAAUCCCCCCCCACACACUCCAAGACAACCCAUGGGGAGCAAAUCUGGACCAGGGAGACACAGUAUUCGCAAGGGUUAACUGCAUGUAUCUCAAGAAGUGUUUUACACACGUACACGCUUUCACUCGGUGAUCAGUGUGUGAGAGUGAGCAUGAGAUCACACAAGCCCUGUUUACUGUUAGUUUGGUAUUAAUGUAUUAUUAAUUUGGGUUGUAAUUAAAUGUUAUCUUUUUUAUAUAUAUAUAUUCUUAAUCAGAAAUUUACUGUAGCUCUUUUUUUUUUUGUUUGUUUGUUUUUGAAACAGCACUGUAGCUUUCAGCUGAAACAAACUGUAUGCAAAAGAUACAAUAAGGAAAAAGAACAGCCACAAAGAAAAGAAAUGAUCAAAAUCAGAAAGGUCUAGUGGAAGAGUUGAAUUUAAAUACAUUCCUCUGAAGACAGUAUCUGUUGUUUUAUCAGCUUGACACUUUGCUGUACGCAUUUUACAUGUUUUGGAAAAACAAUUAAUUUAAAUCCAUUUUUUCUUGAAAACCAAAUGAAAUCACAGUCACAUUGUGAUUUACACUGUCAAUAUCAGGAUAUGUGGUAUAUUAUUUUACUCGUGUAAAAUUUAAACUGAGCCAUGUUGGCUUUUUUUUUUUUUUUUUUUUUUUUUAUUAAAAAGAAAGAAAGAAAGAAAGCGAACUCCCGACAGAAACGGAUACCUUUUCAAUGUAGCAUCUUGCAUGGAGCUUUAAUUGUACAAUGGUAUGUAAAUGCUUGUAUAAAUAGAAUAGUUCACUGAAAUAGCUGGCAAAGAAUGUGUAUGUUGUAUGAUGGCUUAAGAUGUUUGAAUUGCAUUGCGUAAGAAGAGUCUGGCUUUGAUUUUAGACACUACGCUCAAUCACAGUUUUUGGUUGUGUUUCAUUGUAGUGUCCUAUACAAAGCACGAAUGUUGGAUGUGAUGGCGAAAAGCAUGGUGUUUACCAGGAAAGAUAAAAAGCAAGUGGAAAGAUAGGCAAAAAGUGAAUGUUGGAUGGGAAAAAAGUAAUAGCUUGUAUAAAAGACAGAGCUAUGUUGAUGUAUGUACGUUUAUAAGUCUGAAGUGAGCUUGUAAAUCUGUGUUGUACAAAGAGAACACAAUUAAAGGGACAAUAAAGAUCUGUGUAAGAUAUGCAUCUGAAAA